AUGGAAACGGGUUACGCGAUGUCUCAAUUUCCAUCAACAGUUUUCGUAUGUAUAAACAAUUAUGUUUCUCCAUGAAAUUUUAUUUUCAGUGGAAUAAACUUCUUCAGAUGUUCCGAGAUAAAAUGCCUACCAAAAGGCAUCGUCGAAAUCUGAAAUAUAUUGAAGAGUCUUUCACUGGUAGCGAAGCCGUAACCUUUCUAAUGGGAUUGCUUAACACGGAAUUCAGCGAAAGGUUCAAAGAUAGAACUAUUGACAGGUUUCCUAAAUUGAACUUUUCCACUAUCAAGAUUUUCAGAGAAAAUUGUUCGAACUACUUGGAAAUUCUCAGAAAAGAUGGAGUUAUUUGCGAUUCUAAGAAGAAAGAUGAGCCGUUCAGGGAUGCGAACAACAUCUACAUGUCAGUUUUCGUUCCGAUGCGAAAGCUUCUCAGAACAAAACUCUUAAUUUCAAAUAUCAAGGUUUUUUCAGCUUCGCCGAAAACGGGAGAAGUUCCUCACGACGUAAAUUAAGAAGAUCAGCGUCUUGCAGCGCAAAUCAUCGGUCGAGGACGCCUCCGUAUUUUUGAUUCAUUCUUUUUAGUUCCGAUUGACGUUUUUAGGCCUCCAGUUCCACCAAGAGAACAUGAAUCUACAGAGUUCAACCUCAAGUUGGAAGACAUCGACGCCUACGCGUCUCGGAAAGUCGUGAGAUCGAGAAGAUUAUCGCGUUCGGUUGGAAACAUUGAAGUCCACAUCAAUACCGCUUUCGUUAGUUUAGAUCAUGAAGUAAUCAUUCUUUGAAUCAAUUUUCAGGAGGACAGUACAGAAUCAGCUGAUUUUCGGAGGAAUAAAGCGCGGUCAACGAUGCUAAUCGAUGAGCUGAAUGAAGGUUUCAAGUGAAUUAACUAAUUUCGAGUAAUUUUUUCCCUUCAGAUCGCGCAAAAAUGGACGUUAAGAAACAAGAAAAAGAAAAAUUUUACGACUGGCUUCCAUUCCAAAAAAGAAGACAAGAAGUGAGUUUGAACAAGGAUUCGUAUGUAAACAAUGCAUUCGCGGACGUCUUUGAAAAAUUUUUCAUUUGACCAGGAUAAAAAUUUUUCUCUGCAGCGAAGCUCAUAGUUUCAAGAUGAAAAAAAGUGUAAGGCGUAAAAAAUUUGAUGAAUUGUCUAGAAUUUAAAUACUCCCAAAUUUCAUCUGAAAAAAAACUGCUAUUUUAAGGCCAACGCCAAAGAAAGUCGGUCAAAGUCGUUGGUCCGCUGCUCGCGAAGAAAUUCGGUGCGGCAGCAGCUCGAACUUUCUGAGGAAGAGGUGGAUUCGAGACAAUAUAUGGUCUCACUGUUCAAAAUUUCAGACUUUGGGCCAGCAGGACGUCGUCGAUGCAUGGAAAGAUACAUUGUUUUCGAGGUUGGACCAAAUCUUAUGAUAAUUUAAAUUUAGGAAGGUUUCUACUACACUAAGAAUAACUGCCGAGAUAAACGCGAGACACUGGCGGUACAUUGACGAGCUCGCAAACAUCUCGCAUUUUUUCUCGCGCCGGUUUCGCAUUUGUUUGGGCGCGAGCUCGCAUUUUUCUAGGCGCGAGCUCGCAUUUCUCUCGCAAUUUGAAAAUUUCCGAAAUGCAAGAUAAAUGCGAGAUGGCGCCGAGAAAAAUGCGAGGUCGCGCCGAGAGAAAUGCGGGAUCGCGCCUAGAAAAAAGCGACAUUUUUGCGAGUUAGUCAAUGUACCGCCACCGAGCUCGCAUUUAUCUCGUCAGUUAUUCUUAGUGUAACUGCUACCUCUCUCCUUCUCUGUGGUGGGCACAAAACUUUGCUUUUUCCCAGUUAUUUAGUUUUCAAUAAAAUUAUUUUCACAUAGUCAUCCAAAUUUUGGCUUUAUCUGAUACUCAAAAUAAAUUUCUGAAUCGAAAUCCGUUUGUUCUAGAUUUGAAGCUCUUGUCGGCCUGGUGAACAACCGAAACUGGAAAAACGACGUGAGAGAAGACGACGUCGAAUGGAACAGUUCGAAAGUUGGUCCCACUGGAGUGGUGGAACCACGGGUCGAGAGCGAGAAACGUGAGAUCGAUCUUAUUUCUUGAAAAGUGAACUUAUUUUUUUGACAGGCGUGUUCCCAUCAACGAUCGUGAACUUGAUGGAAUAUCUCCUAGAUUUUCCUUUCUGCAUGCAAAACGCGACGGUCGUCAAGUACACCGAAAAUCAGGAGGUUUGAACGGCAGUAACUCGAGAUGAAUUUAUAAGUUUUACUCCAGAAAAGUAUCUACAAGACGUUGUGCUCUCGUUUCCAAGAUCAUCUUCCUGGCCUCACAGUCGCCGAGAAAAAGGUUUUCGUGGAACUUUUGCAGCGGCAAGCGCAGCUCAAAGGUUCUCAUUCAAUUCUUGAAAAUUAGGAAAACAUUUUUUUAGCGAUGAUGAAUGCGCGAGGAGUUUGUGUGUCCGCAGCGGUUGGUUCUCGAAAUUAAUUUUUUGUAUAAUGACUUUUUCAGACGUCGUCGUCUGGCCCUGUCCUCCGCUCAUGGUCCUCCUCAACUCCCAAAGAAACUCGAACGGCGCCGAUCAUUUUUGGUGCGGUUUUGAAAUGUUGUUUUUGUCUUUGUAACUCCCCCAAAAGAUUUCCGACGAUUUUGAGAUAUUAUAAAGAUUCUAAUCUAACAAAGUAAUAUUAUGGAGUUUGCAGACGAAGAAGACUACAAAAUCAAAGAUCGAAAAACGUCGGAAGCGCUGAGUUUGGUUCUUCUGGGACUACCGACGAUCCGAAGACGAAAAUUGCACAAAUUAGUCAAGUUUAUGCGGUCGAUCACUUCGAAUCACUGUUUAUCUUUGGCCUCAACUUUUCCGGGGGUGGAAAACAACUUCCAAGCGGUAAUUUUUCCAUAUUCAUGAAACCUCAAAGCGAUAAUUCGAUAUUUUAGAAUUGAUCACGCCUGUUUAAGGUGGCCGGUCGUAUUACGGUAGUUUAUAUAGGUUUUUCAGUAAUGAAACGAAAAAUUGUGUACUUUUUGUGACGUAACGCACCUUGUAAUCUCUAGAGAUAGGUCCUUACCAAAUUGCAAAAAAAAGAAAGAAAAUUAAAAAAAUUUCCUGGCUCCGAAACUGACUGUGCAAUAUUGACCGGCCACCGGCCGCCGUAGUACUGUCUCAAACAUGCGUGUGAUAAGCAAAAAUUGUGCAUACACAGUUCUCUUUGAAUUGCUCUAUACAAGCGAAAAUUUUCCAUAUUUACUCUAUUUUAAUGAUUCUAGUUUUUCUGAACAACUAAUUUAUUUCUUUUCAAGUCUAGCUUUUCAAUAAAACCGUAAAUAAGGAAAAUUUAUCAAAUUUGGCGUUUGGAAAAAAAAGUUUGCUUUUGAACUUCUAUAGUUUUUUUCAGAUGUUAUUGAAAAACUUUUCUUUUUUUUUAAACGUUUUCGGUGUGAAAUUUUAUUCGAAUUGUUUUUCUAAUUUGAAGACCGAAUCAAACAAUAAAAAGGGCAAAUCGAAGCAAAUUAACUUCCUAAAAUAUUGCGAAUUAUGAUUAUCAUAGAUAAAAGUUUUUUUUUGUAAACUGGAUUUCUGAUAUUUUUCUGUUUGGCGGUCAUUUUUGGUCUUCUGAAAUUUUUUUUCUAUGAAAUAGAAUUGACAUGGUGAUGACGUUUGAGGUGCUUCGCGGACUUCAUCCAGGCGUUGUCGCCAGCGACGGUUCGCCUGACGAAGCCGCGUCGUCGAUUCUCGUCGCCGGCGUGCUUCUGUGCAACGAACGCGUCUUGUUCGCCACCCCCGCGACUUUCGUCGACGCCGUCAUGUCGAAGCUGACGCCGCCGUCGCCGUUGCCAGGCCCUUCCGAGCGCCGGAGACGCGGGACAAAACUCGUCAAAAGAUUCUUUGGCAAAUGA